GUCCAAGUCCAGCCCCUGCUUCGCUCUCUUCUUUCUUUUAUAAACACAACAGAUCUGAAAAAAAUUUCCAUAUCUUUUCUCUAGAAACAAACAAACAAACGCCAUGGAUUUUCGAAGAAGAUCCACGACCAUCGCUGCAGUUCUUCUGCUUCUCAGUCUCAUCCAUGGCUCCGUCUGUUUCUACCUCCCGGGCGUCGCUCCCGAAGAUUUCCUCAAGGGAGAUGAGUUGAAGGUGAAAGUGAACAAAUUGAUCUCUACAAAGACCCAACUUCCUUACUCUUAUUAUUCCCUUCCGUACUGUCAACCAAAACAAAUAUUGGACAGUGCAGAGAAUCUUGGGGAAGUACUUCGUGGUGAUCGCAUUGAAAACUCUCCUUAUGUGUUUAAAAUGAGGGAACCACAAAUGUGCAAUAUUGUUUGUCGGAUUAAGCUUGAUGCCAAAACCGCAAAGAAGUUCAAGGAGAAGAUUGAUGAUGAAUAUCGUGUCAACAUGAUCCUUGAUAAUCUUCCUCUGGUUGUUCCCAUAAGACGGAUAGAUCAGGAAUCUCCAACUGUUUAUCAGCUUGGCUUUCAUGUUGGUCUCAAAGGCCAAUAUACUGGGACCAAGGAUGAAAAGUAUUUUAUCCACAACCACUUAGCAUUUACUGUCAAGUAUCACAAAGAUUUGCAGACCGACUCUGCAAGAAUUGUGGGAUUUGAGGUUAAACCAUUCAGUGUAAAACAUGAAUAUGAAGGGAAAUGGAGUGACAAGGUUCGUUUAACAACAUGUGAUCCUCACGCCAAACACACAGUUGUUAAUUCCAACUCUCCUCAAGAAGUUGCAGAGAACAAAGAAAUUAUAUUCACAUACGAUGUUGAGUUCCAGGAGAGUGAUGUGAAGUGGGCAUCAAGAUGGGAUGCAUAUCUUCUAAUGAGUGAUGACCAAAUACACUGGUUCUCUAUUGUCAAUUCUUUGAUGAUUGUUCUCUUCCUCUCGGGCAUGGUGGCUAUGAUAAUGCUUCGGACACUAUACCGUGACAUUUCUAAGUACAAUGAACUUGAGACCCAGGAAGAAGCUCAAGAAGAGACAGGAUGGAAGCUUGUCCAUGGGGAUGUUUUCAGGUCCCCCAGCAAUUCUGAUCUACUGUGCGUCUAUGUUGGAACAGGUGUUCAGUUCUUUGGAAUGUUACUUGUUACUAUGAUCUUUGCCAUUCUUGGCUUCCUCUCCCCUUCAAACCGAGGUGGGCUCAUGACAGCCAUGCUCCUUCUUUGGGUCUUUAUGGGCCUUUUUGCUGGUUAUGCCUCAGCUCGUCUGUACAAAAUGUUCAAAGGAUCUGACUGGAAGAAAACCGCUUUCAGAACUGCAAUCACGUUCCCUGGAAUUGUCUCUGCCAUUUUCUUUGUCUUGAAUGCUCUCAUUUGGGGCCAGAAAUCUUCUGGAGCUGUGCCAUUUGGGACAAUGUUUGCUUUGAUUGUCUUAUGGUUUGGUAUAUCACUCCCACUUGUAUAUGUGGGUGGUUAUGUUGGUUUCAAGAAGGCAGCAAUUGAGGAUCCUGUGAAAACAAAUAAAAUCCCAAGGCAAAUCCCAGAGCAGGCCUGGUACAUGAACCCAAUCUUCUCCAUUCUAAUCGGAGGAAUCCUUCCAUUUGGAGCUGUUUUCAUCGAACUCUUCUUCAUCCUCACCUCAAUCUGGCUGAAUCAGUUUUACUACAUCUUCGGCUUCCUCUUCUUGGUGUUCUGUAUCCUCGUUGUUACUUGUGCUGAAAUAACCAUCGUGCUCUGCUACUUCCAGUUGUGCAGCGAGGACUACCUUUGGUGGUGGAGGUCAUAUCUCACCUCUGGCUCCUCAGCACUAUACCUCUUCCUUUAUGCUACAUUCUACUUCUUCACAAAGCUUGAGAUCACCAAGUUUGUUUCUGGGGUGCUAUACUUCGGAUACAUGCUGAUUGCUUCUUAUGCCUUUUUUGUCCUAACCGGUACCAUCGGUUUCUAUGCGUGCUUUUGGUUCACUAGGCUCAUUUACUCAUCGGUGAAAAUCGAUUAAUUGAUGCUACUGGAGCUACAGGGUUAGACUGUUCUUAUUCUUCACUUCCAAUACAGAUCACCAUCUCAAGGUGAGAUUCAGAAGUAACGUAUGAUUAUGCCCUUCAGAUGUAAACUUUCAUGAUCAUUUUUGGUCGGAGACGAUUCUGUUUUUAUACAAUCUUAUAUUCUUUUUAGCUUCUUUGAUAUUCAUUUUGAAUCAUAUUAUAGAUGUUUAAUGUA